AAAAAAACUAACACCACUAAACCUAAAACGGCGGUCCUUCACAAUCACAAUCGAUCGACUCUACUUACCCGCUUCCUUUUCUCCAUCUCUCAGUUGAUCGAUUUCUUCAACCAUCAAGCCUCUCACUACGACCGAUCGAUUCCUUCCACCAUCAAGCCUCUAACUAUGACCGCUCACAACCAGCAACAUCGUGUACAUCUAGACCUCCGCCUCAAGUAUCUUCUAUCGACGUGCACACCUUCCGCCUCCUCCAUCCGCCCUCCAGUCCGGUCACCGCCGGUGUCAGCCCUAAUUUUAUAGAUUCACAUGGCCGGACUGCCCUCCAUUGGGCUUCACUUUAUGGCACGUUUUGACUUUUGAUCCAUUUUGAAGUCAAUGAUCAAAACGGGCAUCAUUUUCUUGAAUGUUUGUGAUAUGAGAAAGUGUGUUUUUUGCGGAGAAGAAACAAUGGUGGCACUGGUGAAAUUUGGUGCGUAUGCAGAGGUGGUUGAUGACCCAACAACUAUGAAUCCAGGUGGACAAAUGGCUGCUGAUCUGGCAUCGAGUAAAGGGCAUAAAGGGAUUGUUGGAUAUUUAGCAAAAAUGAUCUCACCAAUCUUCUUUCAGCAUUGUCAAGAUUCAGUUCGAAAGCAUUAUAAAAAAGUGGUGUGGUCUGUUGGGAUAGUGGAGAAAGUUAUUCCUUAGUGGGUUGCAUGGAUUCUGGCUGGAAUUGAGAGCUUCAGAAUCGGAAUAUGAUUUUCUAAGAAUAGGUCGGAAACAGAAAUAUGUUGGAGUGGAAAAGGCAUUGGCUAGGGUGCAUUCCAUGGCUCGGAAUCCUGAAGGCCAGGAACAGUCCAUGAGGCUCGUACGGAAGUUUGAAAAGUUGAGCCAUGAAGAUAGCAGCAACAAAUGACAUUGAGUUGAGAGUUUGUGAGGUUGUGCAACCCAAUGGAACAACCAAAGCUUAUUUUGCCCGUGGGAGGUUGGGGGUGGCAAAGAUGGAUACACAGAUGCUCAUAUUGAUGAAAUUCGCAAAGAAUGGUCUUCUUUUGUGGCAACCUUUAUUUUUCGGUCAUAUUUUGUACCGAUAAACAAUGUUUUGGUAACUUAGAAAUGUUUGUUAGUAUUUCACAUAGGAUUUCUACAAUAUUUUUGAUAAAUUGUUAUUGCAUUUACAUAAUGCUGAUUUUGUUAUAAAUUUGCUUUGGGAAU